CAGAACGUGAGAAAGACAAACUUUGGGAGAAUCAACCAUCAGAAGACUUUUGUCUGCAGCCAUCAAAGAAACCACAUCAACUAUUCCUUAUGGGCCAUAAAUUCACAGAAAAAAUAUCCUCAUUUCUAUUUGAAUAUGACACCCCAAGGAUGGUUUUGGUGCACAACAAGAAGGUGGGCUUAACCUUCCGGGUGAUCCAGCUGGUAGUCCUUACCUACAUCAUUGGGUGGGUAUUCCUCUAUGAGAAAGGCUACCAGUCUAAGGAUAGCAUCAUAAACUCCGUCUCAGUGAAGCUCAAAGGCAUCGCACUAACCAACAUUAGCGGCAUGGGUCCGUACUUAUGGGAUGUGGCAGAGUAUGUUUUCCCUCCUCAGGGAGACAGUUCCUUUGUGGUGAUGACUAACUUUAUUAUCACCCAUGGGCAGAAACAGGAAACAUGUCCAGGGCAUCCUGAGAGUGAGAAGUGUAACAAUGACAGUAACUGUAAUAAAGGACAGUUUCUUCGCCGAGGUCAAGGAAUCAUGACUGGGAAGUGUGUGAAUUUUACCCGUACACAGAAGUCCUGUGAGAUAUUUGGCUGGUGCCCUGUUGAAAUUGAUGACAACAUUCCCAAUCCACCGUUGCUUCUGGAAGCUGGAAAGUUUACCUUGUUUAUAAAAAACAGCAUUACUUUCCCCAGGUUUGGGGUUUCCAGACGCAAUCUUGUUGAGCAAGUUACUGAACACUAUCUGAAGAAAUGUGUUUAUCACAAAGACAAGGAUCCACUGUGCCCUGUGUUUAAACUUGGACAUAUGGUGGAAGAAUCUGGACAGAAUUUUUCUCAACUUGCUUUUAAGGGAGGCACUGUUGGAAUCACCAUAAACUGGGACUGUGACCUUGAUUGGCCUCAGAAAUACUGUGUACCUGUUUACAAGUUCCAUAGGCUUUACAAUGAAGACAGUAACAUCUCGCCAGGCUAUAAUUUCAGGUAUGCCAGAUAUUACAGAGAAAAUGGGAGAGACAUGAGGAUUCUGUACAAGGUGUUUGGCGUCCGAUUUGAUAUUUUGGUGAACGGGAAGGCAGGAAAAUUUGAUAUUAUUCCAACAAUGACUACUAUAGGUUCUGGAAUUGGUAUCUUUGGAGUGGCCUCUGUACUUUGUGAUCUGCUCCUGUUAAAUUUCCUAUCUGACCGGGACUACUACAAGCAGAAGAAGUUCAAAUAUGUAGAGCGGAAUUGUAUCAAUUCUGAAAAAGAAGACAUUGACAUGACCAACUCACAAGGGAAAGAAAAGAGUUCUCUAUGAAACUGUAAGUGAAAAUGAGAAAUAAUGAUCAUAGGAGAAAUAAUCAAAUCCCCAUUAUGCUGCUUAAAUAAUUAAAUGUAUUUUCCCUCCUCUUCCUUCCAAACCUCACAAAUGACGUAGCUUCUCUGAUGUACAGAAAACAGAAUCUAAUAAAAGA